AAGAGGAAAAGGACAUGAAGCACCAAGAGAUUCAUGUCUUGUAAACUUUAUCAAAAAAGAAGAAAAAAAAAAACAAACUGCUGAUGACAUAAUUCAUAUUUGAAUGCCAAAGCAGGAUCUGUUCCCUGUCCAUGUUGCACAUAAUGUUAUUCUGAUGUGUUAGACAGUUGACAGUUCUGUAAUCUUAUGUAGUUUCCAGGUUGAUUUUUAUUAUUUAUUUUUUUAUUUGAUAUCAAAGCGAUAAAACUACACUGCCUUUGUCCUGUACAAAUAAUUAAAGCAUCCUUAAAACAAUAUACAUUUACUUCAGAAGCAGAAUUUUGUAAGAUGAUACAGUAAUACCUGUUUUCAGAGAAUACAUCUUUAAUUACAUUUAUUUUUAUUAGCCACUGGCCAUUUUUUCUUGUUUUAAGCAUAUAUCUAACAAAAUGUUUUCCAAAUUGCUAUGUUUAGAUAUUAUACUGGAAAUUAUACUUUGUAGUGUAAUCCAUGUUGGUAAUAUUUUGGUUGUUCAUCAAUAGAGAAGCCAGAACUUUACAAUAUAUGCUAAAGGAUUGUUCCUGCUUUGAUACAAGUUAAAUUCAAUCGGCAGCAUUUUUGGCAUAAUAUUAAUUACCACAAAUGACAACAAAGUUGUAAUAUCAGAUACAUACAGUUACUUUACACAGAUAAGGUUUUUAUUGAAAUCAACAUUAUGCCACAAAUGUUUUUAAUUUAGCUUAACUUGUAUUAAGCACGUAAUAUUCCAUUAACAUUAAUAACUUGAUUUUUAAAUUUCGCCACUGUUACAGUCCUGACAAAGAUUCUCUAUAGGUGAAAAACCUGAUUACCAGAAAGCUUUUAAGAAAUUCCUUGUGAGACUGUGUGCGUGUGUUGUAACGGCAGAGGCUGCUCAGCUAUUGGUUGUUACUGGUACAUUCAGAGUAAGUCGCAGUCUCUUUGGUUACAGAGAAGCAGAGCUUCAGCCAAGACUGAAUCGCUGAGUACAUACCCUCUCCUCUCUGCUCUUGUCACACCACAAGGGAGCUACGAUUGAGGUGGAUAGGCUGGAAGAAAUUCCAGGUUGUUCUCAGCCUCAAAACCCAGAACAUACAGAACUGAAGUCCCUAUCUGAGCCUGUAACCAUGGAGACCAGUGAACACUGCGGCACAGCAAACAUAACAGACUGUGAAGUCCCGCAGUUUGAGUUACCUGAGAGCAAGGAAACUGCUGAUGUAUUAGAGUCCAUAAGUACGAAAGUAGUGGUUGACAUUCUAGCAGGCCUACCUCCCACAGAGACCAAGGCUGAUGAACUUGAAGACGUUCACAGUCCCAAAGAGGCGCUUGUCUUGGAAGACACUCGAGAAGAACUGUAUCGCAAUGAGUCAAUUACCUCUUCGAUCUCAGACACUCCGUCAAGUGCUGAGAGUGUGUAUGAAAAUGAUGUUUUACAAAAGAAGGAUGAUUCACCAAGAGAGGAACCAUUAGAGAACACUCUACCCCAACCAGAAGUCAUUAACGAUGGAUAUACAUUAGACCCUUUGGGUACAGACUCAGAAGAACCCAUCUUGGAAGGAUUUGGAUGUGAUGAUCCAGAAGAAACCAUCCUGGAGCAUUACAUCCGAGAGGAAGUCCUAUCAGACACUUCCACGGAGUCUUGUCAUGAUCCAGCCGAACUGGACGAAUGUCUUCAGGUUGAAAUAGCAGAGGCAUCAUCCGACAGUGAUGCCGAUGAGAAGUGGAGGAGCAUUUUCUCUUCCUCUGUUAAUAAGGAAGAUGAUGAUUCCUACAUUGACAGCCUUGAGCUGAGUGCACAGGAACUAUUUAUUCAAAAACCUGAAGUUCAAAAUUCUGAUGAAGAUUCAAAGGAAACCGAAGAGACUGAGAUGCCUGUAAGAGAAGUACUAGAACAACCUGAGACUGGGCCAACUCUGCAACUGCAAGAGAUAACUUACAACUCUUCCACAGAGUUCCACGGCAUGUCCAAGAUUUCCGAAGAUGAUGAGGAGCUUGGACGAGUCUCAGCAUCCCACAAAAGCAAUUCAUUUGAUUCUGUCAAAUCUGAUUCCAGCAAAAAGGUGCCAAAAGAUUAUUGUGUGAUCCAGGAAACGAAGAGCGAGAAUGUCAGUACAGAACAUGUGGAUUUCAAAGUUGCUCGGCAACAGUGGCUGGAGAUAGAAGAGCAAACAAAAAACUUGAUGCACCAUCCGAGUACACCAACAAUGAGAUCUGGGACCUGCCAAAGCAGUCACAGUUUCAUGUACACGCCUGUCCGUAAUAUUGACAGGCCGAAGAGGGACCUUGAAGGCUUAGCACUUGUACAGGAUUAUGCGCAUACCCAGUUCAGCCCCUGUUCAGAGGAUUCUGGUCUUGAUGAUUCCAGUUUCAGAUCACUGAAUGAUGACCCAGAGACCCCAAUUGAGAAGGAGAUUCGCCAAACAAUGGAACGUGAGGAAAACCUGAGACGUGAGAGGGGGAUGGCAAAAUCAUACUCUAGUGACUGUGUACAGAUGAAGACCAGAUCCAUCAGUUUUAACCCAGGAAAACUAUGCCAGGAAGUCGAUGAGAAACUGAAGAUAUUUGAACACCAGGAUGACAAUGGAAUACACAAAUCUCCCAGCUACACGAUGCCUUCUUUCAUCAUUACAUCCUCACCAACCAAGGGCUCUCAGCAACCAGACUUGGCAGCCAACAACGUUAUCAUCCUCGAACCAGAGCCCUUCCCUCCAAGUCCACGACAUGGGAAGAUGGUGUCCUCAAAAUCUGCUGACUGGAGAUCAGAAGAUCCCCCUAAUCUCAUCAUUCUGGAGACAUCGAACCUCAUAAUUCGCAGUGCAUCAGAGUUCAACCUGAAUUGUGUUUCAGAGGAAACCCAAGAGAAAAUGUUCCUCAACAACCCAUUUUUUAAGUUAAGGUCCAGGAGUACGAUAUCUCUUGUUGAUGAGGAGAUCGAAACGGUAAAGCUGCGAGAAGAGGAACUAAAACGACAAAGGGCCAGUAUUUACUCAAAGGAUCAUUACCUGAUUUCUCCAAAUCGCCUGGAUGGCUCACUGUUUAAAUAUUCAGAUGAUGUGCCAAUUAAAUGUAAAUCAACCCCUUCUUCUCCAAUGAAAACAUGCAGAAUCGAUCAGUCAGCUCUGUCAUGUGAUCUCAGAUUUCCUGAGCCCUAUACAGGAGGCCGACGUAAAAGUGCCAUGGCUUUGCGCUGGGAGGCAGGGGAGUUUGCGAACACCGAGUAAACAAACAGAAUAGACAAUGAUCGUCAAUUUGCAGCUGUUUUACUUAAAGAGAACUUUCAAUGCUCAAAGUCAGUUUGUUUAUUGUGACAGCAUAUACACUCGCUACUGCUGCUUCUGUAACUUUGUUAAUGAUCCAUUAUUAUACUGCUGUGUAAGCCAAGAUGCCUAAAUGUUAUUUGAAUGUACCGUUUUAUCCAUUUUUGUGAUUCCUCUUUGUUGAGGUACAUUGAGAGACUUAUAAACCAUAUUUUAAGUGUUUUGUCUAUGAAGGCAAGGAGCAUAUGUACUGUAUAUUCAUAAUGUAUUUUCUUGUAAGGCAAUGUGUGUAUAUCCCUGAAUUAUAUGAAAAUAUGAAAUAGCAUUUUAGUAUGAACAUCAAGUUACAAUGUAUUCGAAAUGGAUGUAUUUAGUUGAAUAUUUUAGAAAACAAAUCAAUUUCGAAAAGAAACAUAAUUGAGAGAUUUCUUUUUUUAAGAAUUAUUCUAGAUUUGACUAUGAUUGCUGUAGGAAUGUCUAAAUGGAGGAACAUUUUUGACGUUUUUGAAGGUCCUGUUCUUAAAAUGAUUUAGGAAUAAUAGUGAUCUUAGGGGAUCAUCUAUUUUAUAAUAACUUGUUACCAAAAACCGGUUGCUUUGCAAUUUGUUGUCCUCAAAAAAUAAUUUGUAUAUUUAAGAUUUGUAUGUCAAACCACCAUGCUUACAAAAACACAAAUAUUGCUUGCUAACCUGUAAAUCCAUGCCAGUCAGUCUCAAGACAAUAUUUGCUUUACCUACCAUUUAAAAAAAAUGACAAAUGCAGAAAUAAAUGUGUCCGCUAAAGGCAAAAAGAGAAACAGUCUGUUUAUCCUACA